UUUUUGCACUGGAAAUCUGAAUAUUAAAGGAAAGUUUCUGCAGAAGGGGGUCUCCUUUCCUUGAAAAUUUGUGACGUUUUUUGUUGGAAACCCCAAACCCAUUUUUUUCUGUUUAUUUUCAGCAGUUUUCAGCUGAACUUUCCAGGGUUCCUGGUGAAAAUGUGACAUUUUGGGAGGGAAAGAAAAGCUUCCCAACCAGCUGGGGCUCUACGGUCUGAGGACAGCCAGUCGGAGCGGGAGGAGGGAGGUUUGAGACAGGGGCAGUGACAAGAACCACAGCUGGAAGGAGCAGCCGCGCUUCGAGCUCACACAGCUGUUAGCUGCCCGGCUCUGACUGCGCGUCUGGAAAGAGUUAACCGCUCCAGGCAGUUGGGUGAGUUCAGGUGCGUCACUUUCUCUCAUUCCUCCUCCUCUGGGCUGUUACCUGGGCUGUGCGCACCUCAGAAGGCAGAGCAGCGGGGAAUGGCUGACUGCGACUAUACUGCUCCAGGAGGGCUGACCCGGGAAUUGGUACUAGGUGGCCCUGCCCCUAAGGCAAUGGGACCUCAGGUCUGCGAGGGCAGAGACUUGCCAGGUGAGAAAAAUGAGGGUCCAGAGAGAAAUGGCCUCGAAAGCCCAGGAUCCACUAGCCCAGAGCCUGAGCUGCAGGGCGGUUUGAUUGUAACUGGCCCUGAGACAGCAGUGGGCCCGGCCGGCUCUCCGGAGCAGGACGAUGGGCAAGGGAUCCUGUGUGACUUCUGCAUGGCGCAGAAGGCCCCGGCCGUGAAGUCCUGCCUGACCUGCAUGGUGAAUUACUGCGAGGACCACCUCCGGCCUCACCUGGAGAACAGCAGGCUGCAGAGACACAAGCUGAUGGACCCCGCGAAGGACGUUGACCUACAGACCUGUGAGGCUCACAGGGGCCCGCUGGGGUGGUUCUGCCAGACCGACCUGGUUUGUGUCUGCGAGGAGUGCCUGGCCGAAGCGCACAAGGGGCACAACUUGCUCACCUGCGAGGCAGCCAGGAAGGCCAAUGAGAGCGAACUUCUGCAGACCCAAGCGGAGUAUGAUUGGAAACUGAAGUCUGCUGAAAAUGCAAUUGUCAAGCUGAAGACUAACACGCAGUCUAUAGUGAGUUCUAUCUCCGAAGUGAAGAGCCUGGUGACUGGGCAGUUUGGGGAGCUGUUGGACGCUAUCAGGAUGGCCCAGUCGGACGUCAUGGGAUUUUUAGAGGAGAAGGAGCGUGUGGCGGUGAAUCAAGCCAACGGGAUAAAGAUUCAUCUGGAACACAAACGUGCUGCCAUGGAAGAGAAUAAACUCAGGCUGGAGAAGAUGGUCAUCCACACCAGCGACAUCCUGUUCCUUAAGGAGUACAGUGAGUUCAAGAAGAGCACAGGGGAUGAUGCGCUUCCCAGUGUUUACAUUGGCCUGAAAGAUAAACUGUCAGCGAUCAGAAAGGUCAUCUUGGAGUCAACAGAUCACUUGCUAGCGCUUGUACAAACCUCCUACAAGGAAAAGCUCCAGGACUUUGCAAAGGAAGACGACUGUGGGAUCAAAACGAUGGUGUCUGCAAUUGUACCAUCCAGGCACCGCGUAUCAGCUCCAGACCCCGAGACGAGGAGCGACUUUCUCAAGUACACAUGCCCGCUGACGUUUGACCCAGUCACAGCCCACAGAUAUCUCAGGCUCCUCGAGGACAACCGCAAAGUGACCAACACCACCCCCUGGGAACACGGCUACCCAGACCACCCCGAAAGAUUCGAGCACUGGCGCCAGGUGCUGUCAGACACGAGCUUGUACAUGGGCCGCUACUACUUUGAGGCUGAAAUAAGCGGAGCCGGCGUUUACGUCGGGAUGACGUACAAAAGCAUUGACCGGAAGGGGGCAGAGAGCAACGGCUGCAUUUCGGGGAAUAACUUCUCCUGGAGCAUCCAGUGGAACGGCAAGGGCUUCUCUGCGUGGCACAGUGAGGUGGAGACACCCCUCAAAACAGACGCCUUCCGCAGGGUCGGGGUCUAUCUGGACUACCCCAAGGGCACGUUGUCUUUCUACGGCGUCACUUCGGACACCAUGACUCUGAUACACAAGUUUGAGUGUGAAUUUGCUCAGCCGCUCUACCCCGCUUUCUGGCUUUCGAAGAAAGAAAACUCUGUCAGGAUCAUCAAAGCAGGGGAUGCUGAGGAGAAGAGUCCAGCCUCUUCUGCUUCUCCAGAGGAAGCUGCUCUUUCCAGCCCAAGUGCAGUGGCUGAGGCGGAAGGACUGGCCAGUACUUAAGGGGGUGGAUCAAUAUUAAUACUGGGGCAGCCAGGGGAUACAUGCUAUGGGAGUUCCAGUGAGAGAGUCCAUAAAGAAAGCUGGUUCUCACCUUCCUAUGCCUGGACAAGUCUUUGUAGGUCAUGUGGCCAGCUCCCAGUGCAGAUUGCUUCCUGCUAUAUGUUCUCAAAUGCUUUAUUCUGUAGGGCUGUGUCUACACUGGCAGCUUCUUGCGCUAGAACAAUCAUUCUUGUGCAAAAACUUGCCUGCUGACUACACUGCACGCGCGUUUUUGCGCAAGUAAAUUUACAGU